AUGUCAACGUUUUUUUUUCGGUCGUAUGGUAUAUUUGGUUAUUUAAAUUAUUUGGUUAAACGUGAUCGAAGAUUUAUUGCUGAUAUACUUAUCAAUGGUCUUCAUCGUUUAGAAUAUCGUGGUUAUGAUUCGUCAGGUAUUGCUUUUGAUGGUGAUAAUAUUAAUAUAAACAAUAGAGAUGAACGAGCUUGUAUUGUUGUAAGACAAAAAGGAAAAGUUGAAGAACUUGAACAUGCUGUUAAAUCAUUAGAAAAUAUUGAUUGGAAUGGUGAAUUUACAAUACAUGUUGGUAUAGCACAUACACGUUGGGCAACACACGGUGAACCCAAUGCAGUUAAUUCCCAUCCACAACGAUCAGAUGAACAAAAUCAAUUUGUUUGUGUUCACAAUGGAAUUAUAACAAAUUAUAAAGAUAUUAAACAAUAUCUUACAAAUAAAGGUUAUAAAUUUGAAUCUGAAACAGAUACCGAAGUUGUUAUUAAAUUAGUUAAAUAUCUUUAUGAUAAACAUAAAAAUGAACAUAUUAGUUUUCAAAAACUUAUUGAAAUGGCUUGUUCACAAUUAGAAGGUGCUUUUGCAUUAUUAUUUAAAAGUAUGCAUUAUCCUGGUGAAUUAUGUGCUACUCGUCGGGGAAGUCCGAUGGUUAUUGGUGUUAAAUGUGCUGAUCAAUUAGGUGCUAAUCAUAUUCCAGUGAUGUUCAGCAAAGAUAUUUCAACAAAUCCUCGAAUUGCCAAAGAUUUACGUGGUGUUUUUUCACCUUCACUAGUGAUUGCUGACCAAACAACAACUGAUUUAGCGGUUACAGGAAAUAAUCGUAGUAUUGAAUAUUUUUUUGCUUCGGAUGCAAGUGCUAUAAUCGAACAUACAAAUCAAGUCAUAUUUAUGGAAGAUGAUGAUCUUGCUGUUGUUAAUAAUGGUGCAUUAACUAUUCAUCGUACACAACAUGAAGUAUCUGGUCAAUCAACAAUUCGUGAAAUAAUUGAACUUAAAAUUGAAUUACAAGAAAUAAUGAAAGGUAUUCAAAUUUAA